ACAUCCUGUGCUAGACUUAGUUUCAUACAAUUUAAAGUGGUCCACAGAGCUCACCUCUCUAGGAGUAAACUUUCUAAAAUAUAUCCCAAUGUUCCUGACAUGUGAAAAAUGCAAACUUUCACCCUGUAACCCGAGUCAUAUGUUUGCACUCUGUCCCAAACUGCAGAACUUUUGGAACUCUUUCUUCGAAACUAUGUCUGAUGUUCUUAAAAUCAAAUUGGAUGUCUGUCCUUUAAUUGCCAUCUUUGGUGUUUCAUCUCAGCGUCAGCUUCUGAACCAUAAACAAGCUAGUGUUGUGGCCUUUGCAUCGUUACUUGCUCGGCGCAGAAUAUUGUUGUCUUGGACCUCUCCACAACCCCCCUCUAUAUCUGGCUUAAAGACUUAAUGUUCUUUUUAAAACUUGAAAAAAUCAAGUACAACAUAAGAGGCAGGGGUGACUCAUUUUUGGGAAAAUGGCAACAAUUUAUUACCUACUUCAGUGAAUCCACCUCCACCCUGGAGGUGGAUUGAGGAGAGGUAGACGGUAAACACUAAUCAUCUUCCCUUUUUUUUUCUUUUUUUUUGUGUUUUUCUUUGAAUGUUUGUUUGUUAUUGUCUUUUGUUUCCCCCUUUCUUUUGGUUUUGGCUGUGGUUGUUUUGUUGGGGUUGUUGGGUGUGGUGUUAUAAUGUGUAAAAUGCAAAUUUCCAAUAAAAAUUUUAUGAUCAAAAAAAAUUGAGAAAUAAAUAAAUAAAAGAGGGUAAAAAAAAAACAAGUAAAUCUAUAACCAAACUACGUAACAACUACUUUAGGACCUAACGGAUUUGGAAGCAUUUAUCGAGCACUACUACUACCAACAGCACAACAUGAACUCCAAAGCUGACACACCACAAAAAAUCCAAUCAAAAGAACGAAGAAAAAGAACGACUCAUCCACCGACACAGAGGAUCUACAACCACCGAAACAGAGGUUACAAAAGCGGACAUUGAAAAGCUGAAGGGUACAUACAGACAAUUAACUAAAGAUGCUCAUAGUGCCAAAGAGAAGUACAAGGAGGCAAUUAUAAAAGGUAAGGAGCCAGAGAAGGCCCGUGAGCGCUAUGACAAAGCCACCAUGAAGCUACACAAUCUGCACAACCAAUAUGUGCUGGCUGUGCGUAGUGCGCAGCUGCACCACGAGCACUAUCAUGAAAACACACUCCCUCUGCUGCUAGAUUCUCUGCAGAAGAUGCAAGAGGAGAUGGUCAGCGCCUUGAAGGGUAUACUUGAGGAGUACAGUGAAAUUACUAGUCUCUUAACAGAUGAAAUAGUGAAGGUCCACAAAGAAAUACACACCUCUGUUGAUCAAAUCGAUCCUGUAUCUGAGUAUGACAACUUCAUUGAAGUGUACAGGUCACCUGAAACCAACGAACCUAAUGUAGAAUUUGAUGUCUCACUAUUAGAGGAAACCGAGAAUCUUCAGGCCAAUGAGAUUCUAUGGAAUAAUUUGACAGCAGACAGUUUACAAGCAAUGCUAAAGUCUACAACAGAGGAGCUUGUCUUGACCCAAAAGAGUCUACACAGUAAAGAGGACCUUAUGGUAGACCUGCAGAGCAAAAUUGAGGAGUAUGCCAGAAGUUGCGAGAAGAAAUCAGAUAAGGUGCUGUUGCUGAGUCAGAAGCAGUCUCUGGAGGAACUAAAACAGAUGGUGCAGCUCCUGCGCUGCUCAGAAGCCAAACUGAGCUCCCAGAAGGAGAUGCUUGAGCACAAAAUGCAGGAGAAUGAGGGCAAGGAACCUCCAACUGUGGUCAAUUAUGAGGAGGAUGCACGAUCCGUCAACUCAAUGGACAAAAGCAAAGACAGAAUAUCAAAGUUUGACACUCUCCGCCACUCUAUUGCUGGCAUUAUCCGUUCACCAAAGUCUGUACUGGGCUCAUCCUCAUUCAUUGAUGUGAUCCCCAUCAGUGAAAAGCCAUUGGGGGAACAGGAGUGGUACCAUGGGGCGAUUCCACGCACAGAGGCCCAGGAGCUGCUUAAGCAGCAGGGAGACUUCCUGGUUCGUGAGAGCCAUGGCAAGCCUGGCGAGUAUGUACUCUCUGUCUUCUCAGAUGCCCAGCGCAGACACUUCAUCAUUCAGUUUGCAGAUAAUCAGUAUCGAUUUGAAGGCACUGGAUUCCCCACCAUUCCUCAGUUAAUUGAGCACCAUUACUCUACAAAACAAGUCAUUACUAAAAAGUCUGGAGUCAUGCUUUUAAAUCCUGUCUUAAAGGAUAAAAAAUGGAUUCUUAAUCAUGAGGAUGUCAUUCUUGGAGAACUUCUAGGAAAGGGCAAUUUUGGUGAGGUGUUCAAAGGAAUGUUGAGGGAUAAGACACCUGUGGCUGUGAAGACUUGUAAAGAGGAUCUCCCACAAGACCUGAAGAUCAAGUUUCUUUCAGAGGCGAGGAUCCUUAAGCAGUACGAUCAUCCCAACAUUGUGAAGCUAAUAGGAGUCUGUACGCAAAGACAGCCGAUUUAUAUAGUGAUGGAGCUUGUGCAAGGAGGUGACUUUCUCUCUUUCUUGAGAAAGAAGAAGGAAGACCUCAAGACAAAACAGCUACUAAAGUUUGCUCUAGAUGCAGCUGCUGGAAUGGCCUACCUGGAGCUUAAGAACUGUAUCCACAGGGAUCUAGCUGCUCGGAACUGCCUGGUGGGGGAAAACAACCUGUUGAAAAUCAGUGACUUUGGCAUGUCGCGUCAGGAAGAUGAUGGAAUUUAUUCAUCAUCUGGCCUCAAGCAAAUUCCUAUCAAGUGGACUGCACCAGAGGCACUUAACUAUGGGAGAUACAGCUCAGAGAGCGAUGUGUGGAGCUAUGGGAUCCUGCUGUGGGAGACAUUUAGCCUGGGAGUAUGUCCUUAUCCAGGCAUGACCAACCAGCAAGCCCGUGAGCAGGUUGAAAAAGGUUACAGAAUGUUGUGCCCACAGAAGUGCCCAGAUGAGGUCUACAAGAUCAUGCAGAGGUGCUGGGAUUACAAACCUGAAAAUCGUCCCAAGUUUGCCGAAAUUCUUAGGGAACUGUCUUCAAUCAGGAAAAAAUAGCUCCAAAUUAGAUCAUGGGGAACAGUCUGAAGCCAUACAUAUGAUUUCUCCCAUAUUCACAAAGAGAAAUACCUUAAUAUUUUCUCUCAUGUCCAUUGCUACAUAAGAUACUAUUUUGCACAUUUCUUUGUCACAUGACUGAAUGAAUUGCUGAUGCAGCAGUUGUCUUUGAGCCAAUGCCAGGGAGCUAGGUAUUGGCUUUUCAUGUAAAAAUGUCAGUAUUUCUACCACGUACUGUACAUUUCUAUGACUGCACAUAUCUAUGUGAAUAGAGGAAAAGGUAUUUGAUAGAGAAUUUUUAUGAACAAGUUGCAUUCCACUUGCCAUGUUUUUCAUAAUCAUGACACCAGAGAGAAAGCAAAAUUGACAAAGUUGUCUUGCAUUUAUUUGACUGGUAUUUUUCCCACUCCCUCUUACUUUUCUUAGAGCCCUUUAUUCUAUCUCAUAACUCAUACAAUGUCACUUCAGAGAAGUUUUGCUUCAAGAACAUAAAAUUAGGAGUUUGUGCUAUUGACUCAAUUCAACUAGGUAACAAAUAUUGCAUUCAGAACUAUUUGUUUAAGGAUUCAUUAAAAAAAUGAGGUAUAAUAAAUUGCUGAGUGUAAUUUAUGGAACAUGUUAAGAGCAAAAUGUUAAAACUCAACAGACUGGCUUUUAAACACACAUACACACACUUCACAUUAAGUGCAGUCAUUCUAUGUUACUUUAUGUUACAUGCUGAAUGGACUAAUUCACAAUUAAGUAAAACCGUUGUCAGAGAUAACCUCUCUACUUCACUCAAGGUUCUUCAUUUUAUGGGUUAUAGCAUGUCAUUUUGCUAAAUGGACUGCUACUGUUCUGCAUAGACUUUCUAGGCAAGUAAGAGAUCCAGAUGUUAUAUGACUAUAUGUGUAUUUUACUUUAAGGUCUGUGAAUCAGCCAAAGCCAAUCUCAAAUUUAUCUCUAUGAACAGUUCAGUUUGUGAUUAUUAUAUGACAGUGCAUUUUGAAAAAUGAACUUGGAAAGUAUUUGAUGCACAUUUACCUUCAGUGUAAUUACAUGAAAUCAUCCAUUAUGUAUUGGGACAAACUGAAAUACCCUUUGUGGUUUAUUUUGCUAAUUCUCUCUUCUGAUUGUUCAUUUCUGCUAUUUGGUUUAACAGUGCCUUACAAUGAUUUCCUCUGAACUCCUGAGUAAUAAAUGAAAUUAUUACUUUUAUAAGGUGUAUUCUGACCACAUUCAUUUUGUAUUUUGUAAAUACUGUUGUAGAUUCUAUAAUGUAAUAAUUUUGUAGACUUUUUUUUUUUGCAAAUCAUAAUGAAUUGAAAGUGUCAAUGACCUUCCUAUGUGGCCAGGUAUCACUGUGUUCUCAUAUAAUAAAAACAUUUGCACGUUUGCAGUUUGUAAAAAUCAUCCUGGUGUCACAUGUAGUGUUUUGUUUAAAAUGGUGGACUGUCUUGUGAAAUGUCUGUACUGACUGAUCCAAACUCUUGACAGAGUUUAUAUCACUCAGCACUGAUUCAUUCAUGUACUUAUUCAGGUUCCUCCGUCACAUGACAGAAUACUUCCUGUGGUUUCUGGUCAGAUGUGAUGACCUUACAUCAUUAGUACUACUGCUGAGUGAGGUCUUGUAUUUUCCUCUUAAUUUUAUAUUCAGAUACCAGGCAUUUUAUUUAUUUCAAAUAACUGUUAUUCUUUGUAGUUUUUAUUUAUUUAUUUUUAUUCAUCAUCUUAUGAAAUUCUUAAACUCCUACUGUCAAUGUAUUUUACAUAUUAUAUAGAUUUUUUUCUCACUUCCUAUUGAUUGACCUGUCUAUUUUCUUACUUUGUUGCACUAUAUGACUUAAUAUUCCAGCUGUAGAGAAAUGCCAGUUGUCACAGUGCUGUACAAACAAAUAAUGCAUAAUAAUAUCACAGUGAUUCAAGAAAUAAUUUUAGGCUUUGUUACAUUGGGGAAUUACAUGUUUGUUAUGUGUAUUUAAUCCUAUAUUACUGGUGUUGCCAUUUAUUACUAAUAUAUGUUGCCAUAUAUUUAUGUAGCUUGAGUACUACUUGAGUAUUGAAUUUUGAUAUUUUGAUUGCACCUUUGGCCAUGUAGAAGAAUAUUCCAUUGCUAAACAUUCAUAUAAUGGUAAUGGUAAGCUAAUGGUAGGACUAUAGUCAACCCCAAUAAUUUUUAGAUGGAACAUGUAUUGUUGUUUUGGUUUUAAAUUAUGUUAAAUAAACUAACUAUAAAAAGCAUA